AUGGCGGCCCGGAGCGCCCCGAGCUGCCACCUGCGGCUCGAGUGGGUGUACGGCUACCGGGGCCACCAGUGCCGCAACAACCUCUACUACACGGCGGCCAAGGAGAUCGUGUACUUCGUGGCGGGCGUCGGCGUGGUGUACAGCCCGCGGGAGCACCGGCAGAAGUUCUACCGCGGCCACAGCGACGACAUCAUCAGCCUUGCAUUGCAUCCUGAACGAGUAUUAGUAGCAACCGGACAAGUUGGGAAAGAGCCUUAUAUCUGUGUUUGGGAUUCAUACACAGUACAGACCAUAUCGGUUCUGAAGGAUGUUCAUACACAUGGUAUAGCUUGCUUAGCAUUCGACUUAGAUGGCCAGCGCUUGGUUUCAGUUGGACUCGAUUCAAAAAAUGCAGUUUGUGUUUGGGAUUGGAAAAGGGGAAAAAUGUUAUCUAUGGCUCCUGGUCACACGGAUAGAAUAUUUGAUAUUUCUUGGGAUUUGUACCAGCCAAAUAAACUUGUCAGCUGUGGUGUAAAACAUAUCAAGUUCUGGAGUUUAUGUGGAAAUGCUCUGACCCCAAAACGAGGAGUCUUUGGUAAGACUGGCGACCUUCAAACAAUAUUGUGCCUGGCCUGUGCAAGAGAUGAGUUAACAUAUUCUGGUGCACUCAAUGGGGAUAUAUAUGUAUGGAAAGGAAUCAAUCUCAUUCGAACAAUACAAGGGGCCCAUACUGCAGGAAUUUUUAGCAUGAAUGCUUGUGAAGAAGGCUUUGCCACUGGUGGCAGAGAUGGCUGUAUUCGUCUUUGGGAUUUAACUUUUAAACCAAUUACUGUGAUUGAUCUCAGGGAAACAGACCAGGGAUACAAAGGUUUGUCUGUGAGGAGUGUUUGUUGGCGAGGUGACCACAUUCUAGUUGGAACACAGGACAGUGAAAUUUUUGAAAUUGUGGUGCAUGAAAGAAAGAAACCCUUCCUAAUUAUGCAAGGGCAUUGUGAGGGUGAACUCUGGGCACUUGCCAUCCAUCCUACAAAACCUUUGGCCGUGACUGGAAGUGAUGAUCGUUCAGUCAGGAUAUGGAGCCUAGUAGAUCAUGCAUUAAUAGCAAGGUGUAAUAUGGAAGAACCAAUUCGUUGUGCAGCUGUAAAUGUAGAUGGAAUCCAUCUUGCCCUUGGAAUGAAGGAUGGCUCAUUCACUGUACUUAGAGUAAGAGAUAUGACGGAAGUUGUACAUAUUAAAGAUAGGAAAGAGGCAAUUCAUGAGUUAAAAUAUUCACCAGAUGGAACUUACCUUGCUGUUGGAUGCAACGACAGCUCAGUUGAUAUUUAUGGAGUUUCUCAGCGUUACAAAAAAAUGGGGGAAUGUGUGGGAUCACUUAGUUUCAUCACUCAUCUGGACUGGUCCUCAGACAGUAGAUACUUGCAGACUAAUGAUGGAAAUGGUAAAAGACUUUUUUAUAGGAUGCCAGGAGGUAAAGAAGUGACAAAUAAAGAUGAAACAAAAGGUGUUCACUGGGCUUCAUGGACAUGUGUUUCAGGCCUUGAAGUAAAUGGAAUUUGGCCCAAGUAUUCAGAUAUUAAUGAUAUAAAUUCAGUAGAUGGAAACUAUAUUGGACAAGUUUUAGUUACAGCUGAUGACUAUGGAAUUGUAAAAUUAUUUCGAUAUCCUUGUUUAAGAAAAGGGGCCAAGUUUAGAAAAUAUAUUGGCCAUUCGGCUCACGUAACUAAUGUCAGAUGGUCACAUGAUCAUCAGUGGGUUAUUUCUAUCGGUGGAGCAGAUCACGCCGUCUUUCAGUGGAGAUUUAUUCCUGAAAGAAAACUAAAAGAUGCUCUUCACAUAGCACCCCAAGAAAGUCUGGCUGACUCUAACAGUGAUGAAUCAGAUUCAGAUCUGUCUGAUGUUCCAGAACUGGAUUCUGAAAUUGAACAAGAGACACAGCUCACUUACCGUCGGCAGGUUUACAAAGAAGAUCUACCUCAGCUUAAAGAACAAUACAAAGAGAAACAAAAAAGUGGCACUUCUAAAAGAAGAGAGCGGGCUCCAGGAAAUAGUAUUCGAUUACACUUUGUUCAUGGUUACAGAGGUUAUGACUGUCGAAGUAAUCUGUUUUAUACUCAAAUUGGUGAAAUUGUGUACCAUGUGGCAGCAGUGGGUGUCAUUUAUAAUCGACAACAGAACACACAGCGCUUCUACCUGGGUCAUGAUGAUGAUAUUCUCUGCCUGGCUAUCCAUCCUUUGAAAGACUAUGUGGCAACAGGCCAGGUAGGUAGGGAUCCCUCAGUUCACAUAUGGGAUACAGAGACCAUUAAACCAUUGUCUAUAUUAAAGGGCUACCACCAAUAUGGUGUCUGUGCUGUUGAUUUCUCAGCGGAUGGGAAACGUUUGGCUUCGGUUGGAAUAGAUGAGAGCCACACUGUUGUGCUGUGGGACUGGAAGAAAGGCGAGAAACUUUCAAUAGCAAGAGGCAGUAAAGAUAAGAUUUUUGUCGUAAAGAUGAACCCCUACGUGCCUGAUAAAUUGAUUACAGCUGGAAUUAAACACAUGAAAUUUUGGCGUAGAGCAGGGGGAGGAUUGGUUGGCAGAAAAGGCUACAUAGGCACACUGGGGAAGAAUGAAACAAUGAUGUGUGCGGUGUAUGGAUGGACAGAAGAGAUGGCUUUUUCUGGAACGUCCACAGGAGAUGUGUGCAUCUGGAGAGACAUCUUUCUUGUAAAAACAGUUAAAGCACAUGAUGGGCCCGUAUUCAGUAUGCAUGCAUUGGAAAAGGGAUUUGUUACUGGAGGAAAAGAUGGUGUAGUCGCACUUUGGGAUGACUCCUUUGAGAGAUGUCUCAAGACCUAUGCUAUAAAAAGAGCUGCUUUGGCCCCAGGAUCUAAAGGUCUUCUCUUGGAAGAUAACCCAUCUAUACGUGCCAUAUCGUUAGGACAUGGUCAUAUUUUAGUUGGCACAAAGAAUGGUGAAAUACUAGAAGUGGAUAAAAGUGGCCCAAUAACACUUCUGGUUCAGGGACACAUGGAAGGAGAAGUGUGGGGUUUGGCCACACAUCCUUAUCUGCCCAUCUGUGCUACUGUAAGUGAUGACAAAACCUUGAGAAUAUGGGAUCUCUCUCCUAGUCACUGUAUGCUGGCUGUCCGGAAACUGAAAAAGGGUGGACGAUGCUGCUGUUUUUCUCCUGAUGGUAAAGCUUUAGCUGUAGGUCUCUGUGAUGGAAGUUUCUUAAUGGCAAAUGCAGAUACUCUCGAGGAUCUUGUAUCUUUUCACCACAGAAAAGAUAUUAUUUCAGAUAUCCGAUUCUCUCCAGGUUCUGGAAAAUAUCUCGCAGUAGCAUCCCAUGACAGCUUUGUGGAUAUAUACAAUGUAAUGAGCAGUAAACGAGUGGGAAUAUGCAAAGGCGCUACGAGUUAUAUCACCCAUAUUGACUGGGACAUUAGAGGAAAACUCUUACAGGUUAACACUGGUGCUAAAGAACAGUUAUUCUUUGAAGCUCCCAGAGGGAAAAGACAAACCAUCCCCAGGAUGGAGGUAGAAAAAAUUGGUUGGGCAUCAUGGACAAGUGUGCUUGGUUUGUGCUGUGAGGGAAUUUGGCCAGUAAUUGGAGAAGUCACAGAUAUAACUGCCUCUUGCCUCACCCAUGACAAAAUGGUUCUAGCCACUGGGGAUGAUUUGGGAUUUGUGAAGUUAUUUAGAUAUCCCGCUAAAGGAAAAUUUGGAAAGUUUAAGAGGUAUGUGGCUCAUAGUACACAGGUCACAAAUGUGCGCUGGACUUGUGAUGACAGCAUGCUGGUGACCUUAGGAGGCGCGGAUAUGUCCUUAAUGGUUUGGACAAAUGAAAUGGAGGGCUCUCGAGAAAAAAGGCCUUGUGAUAGUGAAGAAUCUGAUACAGGCUCUGAAGAAGAUGGGGGCUACGACAGUGAUGUUACAAGGGAGAAUGAAAUCAGUUACACCAUCAGAGCCUUAUCAACAAAUAUUCGUCCAAUGUUUGGAAUCAAGCCUCAUUUGCAACAAAAAGAACCCUCAAUUGAUGAGAGGCAGGGGAUAGUAAGAGGUUCCAGGCCCCCCGUGAGCAGGGCCCCGCCACAGCCAGAGAAACUCCAGACAAACAAUGUUGGCAAGAAAAAAAGACCCAUAGAGGAUCUCAUGUUGGAGCUUGUUUUUGGCUAUCGAGGCAGAGACUGUAGGAAUAAUGUUCACUAUUUAAAUGAUGGUGAUGAUAUAAUUUAUCAUACUGCAUCCAUUGGAAUUCUGCACAAUGUUGCUACAGGAACUCAGAGUUUUUAUCAGGAACAUAAUGAUGAUAUUCUGUGCCUCACUGUAAAUCAGCAUCCCAAAUUCAUCAACAUAGUAGCAACUGGCCAAGUAGGUGAUUCAGCAGACAUGUCACCUACAGCUCCUUCUGUCCACAUCUGGGAUGCAGUGAACAAGCAGACGUUAGCUAUACUAAGAUGCUACCAUUCGAAGGGCGUGUGUUCAGUCAGCUUCAGUGCUACUGGCAAACUCUUGCUGUCUGUGGGACUAGACCCAGAACAUACUGUUACCAUUUGGAGAUGGCAGGAAGGUGCCAAAAUUGCCAGCAAAGCUGGUCACAACCAACGUAUUUUUGUGGCAGAAUUCCGACCAGACUCAGAUUCCCAGUUUGUCUCUGUGGGAGUAAAGCACGUGAAGUUCUGGACACUGGCGGGAAGGGCUCUUCUGAGCAAAAAAGGGCUGCUGAGCACCCUCGAAGAUGCCCGGAUGCAGACCAUGCUGGCUGUUGCAUUUGGUGCAAAUAACUUGACGUUUACAGGUACCAUCAGUGGAGAUGUCUGCGUGUGGAAAGAUCACAUACUGUGUAGAGUUGUGGCCAGAGCCCACAACGGGCCUGUGUUUGCCAUGUACACCACCCUGCGAGACGGACUGAUUGUGACGGGGGGCAAGGAAAGGCCGUCAAAAGAAGGAGGGGCAGUCAAACUGUGGGAUCAGGAGCUGAGGCGAUGCCGUGCCUUCCGGCUGGAGACAGGACAAGUCACAGAUUGCGUCCGUUCCGUGUGCAGAGGCAGAGGCAAGAUACUAGUUGGGACAAGGAAUGCUGAAAUAAUUGAAGUUGGAGAGAAAAAUGCAGCAUGUAAUAUUUUAGUUAAUGGUCAUGUGGACGGACCCAUAUGGGGACUUGCAACACAUCCUUCCAGGGAUUUUUUCCUCUCUGCUGCUGAAGAUGGGACAGUGAGACUCUGGGAUAUUGCUGAUAAAAAGAUGUUAAACAAAGUGAAUUUGGGACAUGCUGCUCGUACUGUGUGUUACAGCCCUGAAGGGGACAUGGUGGCUAUAGGAAUGAAAAAUGGAGAAUUUAUUAUUUUAUUGGUGAGCUCUCUAAAAAUAUGGGGAAAGAAGAGAGACAGACGAUGUGCAAUCCAUGAUAUCAGAUUUAGUCCAGAUUGCCGGUUCCUGGCAGUGGGUUCUAGUGAGAACUCGGUGGAUUUUUAUGACUUGUCAUUGGGCCCCACCCUUAACAGAACCAGCUACUGCAAAGACAUCCCCAGCUUCGUCAUCCAAAUGGACUUCUCCGCAGACAGCAGAUACCUCCAGGUGUCCACUGGUUGCUAUAAACGGCAUGUCUACGAAGUGCCUUCGGGAAGACAUCUUACAGAUCAGGCUGCCAUUGAUAGAAUUACUUGGGCUACAUGGACCAGCAUUCUAGGAAGUGAAGUUAUGGGAAUCUGGUCCAGGCACGCUGAGAAAGCAGAUGUCAACUGUGCCUGUGUGUCUCAUUCAGGAAUCAGCCUUGUGACAGGAGAUGACUUUGGCAUGGUUAAGUUAUUUGACUUCCCAUGCCCUGAAAAAUUUGCAAAGCAUAAAAGGUUCUUAGGUCAUUCACCCCAUGUGACAAAUAUUCGAUUUACCAGUGGUGAUCGACACGUGAUUAGUGCUGGAGGUGAUGACUGCAGUUUGUUUGUCUGGAAGUGUGUACACACGCCCCAUUGAAAGACGUGGAUGCUGGGAAGACUGAAUAAACAGCCUUGAGAAACCAGAAUUACAGACGAGGGAGAAGUCAAGUGGUGCUAAUUUAAGAUUGUAACAGGGAUAUAUGCCCAGAAUCAUCAAAAUAUAAGAUGGAUAAGUUCAAAAUAUUUAUUAUAUGCACUGAGUAACUGUAAUCCAUACACUGCCAGAUAAUUACAAUUCAAGGAAGGACAAAAUAAAUACUUAAUAGUGAGAGCCAACCCCCAUUUGGGGGGAGUGUGCAAAUUUGGCAGACCUGCUGGCGAGGCAAACCAAAACCUUAAAAACCCAACUCGGAUUAUUUUCAUCAUCCUUUAACACAACACUUUCCUUUUAGAAAGUUUGUGGUUCACAGUUUAAGUGAAAUAUAUCCUUAUGUUUCUGUAAGGAAAGGAAACACACCAUCACCCUAAAGGAUGUUUUUAAAAGGCAAACCUUAUUUUCCCUGAGGAGACACACACAAACUUCCCUGGAGGACAUACUACUUCUGCAGCAUCAAGAAAAGCCCUUUUUAUAAAUGAGUGUUCUCCUGGCAUUUGUAGUACAGGGACAAAUCCAAAGUUACUAGCAUAUGAUUGCUACAUUUUCAUUUUUGAGCUAUCCAUCCUCAUCUUUAUUCAGAAGUUAUUUCUAUAUUUGAAAAGUUAAAAUUAUAGCCUCAUUAAUGAAGAAGUAGUAUGAUGAACAAUCAUUUCCAACUGUGUACUGUUUUUUAAGGUUUAGAUAGCAAUAGUAUUUAAAUGGGAGAGCAUACUGAAUAUUUAAAGAUAUACUCCAAUAGAAACAUGUUUAACAUGUAAACUAAAGAGUUAAAUUCACAUUUACAAAGUUAUACAAUUUAGUUAAUUCUUGAAAAAAUAUUUUUACAGCUUUUUAUUUUUUUAAUUGGAAAAUCUGUUUAGAUGUAUGCCACCCAUAGCCAACUUCCAAAAGGAAUGAAUACAAGUUCACUUUUCAAACUUGUCUAUUUCUUUUUGGUGGGUUGGGGCUGAACUCUUAGAUCUUUAUUCCUAUUCACUUUAAAUGCUGCCAAAGAUCAGUAUUUGCCAUUCAGGAAUAUGCUGUUUAGCCUAUCUGUAGUUUCCUGAAGAUUGGAAAUUAUGUAAACUGAUAUUUAAAAAUAUAUUUUUCUAAGUGUGAAGAAGAUUAUGAUGCUCUAUUGGUCCUAUGAAUUUUUAUUUUAAUGUGUUAUCUUUGUAGCAUAAUAGGCCCCUUCAGGUGUCUGGAAAUCUUAGUUUUUGUAUGUCCAACGCCUUGUAAAUACUAAAAACAGAAAUGGUCAAAUUACAUCGCAAGAAAGCCUAACCAGUGAUUAAAGCUGGUCAGUUUUAAAGCUUGGAAUAGCUGUGUUAAAAGAACUGAUUAAAGGUGUUUAAGAAACUUGAAACAUAAGAUCAUAUUCUUUCAUUAUUUACAUCAGUCUCCUAAAUAAAGGCAAAUUUUAGAAUACACUAGUAUUACAUUUUUAUUCAUGUAUAUUAUAAAGGAGCAGUCAACAAAUUAAAGGGGGAAAAAAUCCCCUGAAUCCCUCUUUCCCUCCAUUUUUGAGACUUUUGGCAGUCAAGUUUGCAGGUUUUUGGCUAAAGAGAAAUUCUAUUUCCAUCACAAUGCAAAUAGAAACUCUACUCACCUUAAGCAAGUAGGAUAAAAUUGCUUCCAUUGCAUUUUUUCUUCCAAGUGGCCAACUUGAUGAGCCAACCUUGCUCACUGUUGUCAGUUCAUGACUGAAGGUCGUAUUGAAUUUAAGGAGUCAUCCAUGAGUACCUUGCUCUUUUGCUUUUACCAGCCAUCAAACUAAGGGAAGGUGAAAAACCACCAUAGACCAUGGAGAUUCUGCUGUUCAUUUUUUUAACCCAGAGAGAAUUAUGUGUGUGUGCACGCAGCACCUGACUAUGCUCCUGAAUUUGUAAGCUGAGACUUCUGGCACCUUUAGCCUGUUUCUGUAUAUAAACGCAUGCCAAAGCACACUGCACCCUGUGCCAUGCACUGCUUACCGUGAGCCACACCUUUUCCCUUCCAUUUUUUGUGAUCCUUUUGGAUGAUGGUUCAUUUUAGACCAAAUUACCCAACAAAUGUUUUAGAAUCAACCUUAGCUCUCCCAUAAACCAUAGCAACUGAAAAAUAAGAUUAAACUCUUAAAUAUGUUUCCAGGCAAUGUCUAUUAACUAGCAAGAAACAACUCAAUCUUAGCAUGUUAUUUCCUUGUAAAAUGGCUGAACUAAACCACACCAGCCCUUGUUUCCCACUUAUGUCUUUUAUAGUGGAAUUAUGACACUGCAACUACAAAACAUUUAUAAACGAUGCUAAAUAUCUGUUUAAAUUUCUGGAAGUACAAUUUAAAACAAAUUUCUUCUGCAGAGAUGUGAAAAGCAUCUCAAGUACUAACACUGGAAUGAAUAUAUGCCUUAAAUUCAAUGGAGCCCACUUUUUAGAAGAGGAGGAAUGGUCACUUCACUCACACCUCACUGGCAACUCUGUGCUCUCCUGUGCUUUGUCUUUACUUUGGAAUCAGCACAGCAAAGUGCAACUUACAAAAUUGUUAACGGUUAUCUUUCUUCUCCCAAUGGAAGAGCAGCAGCCACAAAACAACAGACUGCUGGUUUCAGGCUCUUAAACAUGGGUUGACACGUGUGGUUUCAUUCUCUCUUGAGGAUGUGAUUGAAGAAGUCACUGAACUUUUUUACAUUUACAUUUAAUUUGGUCGUCAGAAUGUUUGAGUCUUUAUUAUCCCUUUUGCAUUAAUUCGCUUUUUUCUAACCAACUUUUAGCUUUACUUUUUAAAAAACUGUACAUCAAGUCUUUAAAAUCAGCGAUCCGUUUAAUUCUAAAGUUUUUGACACUUCUUGCCUUAACAAUUUUAAAAACCACAAACACAUAACUGUAUUUUAAUUCAGUAGUCAAAAAGUUUAGUCCUACUUUGCAAUUUAUCCAUCUGAUCUCUGUAAUUAUAUAGUCUGACAUUUAAAAUAUACUACUGAAAUCUAAUUUUUACAUUUAAAAAAUUAUCUUCAGUAACUAUAUUUUCUGGAAUUAUUUCUGAGAAUGUUUUUCAGAAUGGGAGAAUAUAUAUGUAUAGCUAUAUAAUCUUGUGAAUUUCAAGUCUGUUCUCUGAUACCUAUGUAUAUAUACUUGUAAAAACUUUUGUAUAAUUUUGUGAUAAUGUAGUUCUCCAAAAUAUUUAUUUUAAAAGUAUAUGUUAACAGUAAAUGAAAAACAUUUUAAGUAA